GGUGGCCAGAGAUUUCUUCAGAAUUCAGAUGAUGGGCUGUGGGUAGCCCUUUAGCCCCCACCUUCUUCUUCGAUUUUUUUUAAAUCUUUUUUGUGCCGAGUGUGGACCUGAUGAAAGUGAGUUGUGGAGAUUGGCGGCCGGAUUUGAUUCUGUUGACGAGUCUUGUGUUUUUUUAAAAACCUUACCAGAAGGUACUUGAUCUCUUGUUGGGUGCUGUGGUUUAAAUCGAGGUUGAGGCCAAGGAGAUUUGGUGCAUCACAUUCUUGGCAGCUUGGGUCUUGUUGUGGUCUAUGCCCGGCUAGUUGGCUCGCAGUCUAUUAUGGCCAGUCCUCAGUCUAAAGAGGAUUCUUGUUAUUGUUCGGGAUUUAUGGAGGUGCCACUUGAGAAAGCCAGGUUGCUUUCUGUUUUGGAUGUUACAUCAGAUGCAAUGGAAAGUUCCACUUGGAAAUUGAAGCCGUUUGUGCAGCACAAAGAAAAUUGCACUGUAAAGAUUCCACUUGAAAGGCUCCCUGGUGAUCGAACAAUAUGCACUGAUCCCAGAGUGCAGCAAGUGCAACCUUCUGAUGUAACCGUUGAAGAAAGUAGCAGGCAUUCAAGUACUGAAAGGAGAGUUAUGUUCAGAGGCUCACGAGAGAAAUUCUUAACCAUGAACAACGAAAGGCUGCCAUUGGAUCCGAGAGUGCGCCAGCAAACACCGAGAGAAGUACGCGUUGAAGGAAGUCGAAGUUUUGACAGGACUGUUCAGUUCAGUGACCCAGUAGAGGAACCCGUAUCGAUGAAAAACGUAAGGCUGCCUCUCGAUCUAAGGGUGCACCAGCGACCAUCAAGAGAAGUACGCGUUGAAGGAAGUCGAAGUUUUGACAGGACUGUUCAGUUCAGUGACCCAGUAGAGGAACCCGUAUCGAUGAAAAACGUAAGGCUGCCUUCCGAUCCAAGAGAGCGCCAACAACCAUCAAGAGAAGUACGUGUUGAAGGAAGUCUAAGUUUUGAAAGGACUGUUCAGUUCAGUGAUCCAGGAGAGGAACCCGUAUCGAUGAAAAACAUAAGGCUGCCUCUCGAUCUAAGGGUGCACCAGCGACCAUCAAGAGAAGUACGCGUUGAAGGUAGUCGAAUUGUUGGAGGGACUGUUCAGUUCAGUGGUCCAGGAAAGGAACCCGUAUCGAUGAAAAAUGUAAGGCCGCCUUCCGAUCCAAGAGUGCGCACACAACCAUCAAGAGAAGUACGCGUUGAAGGAAGUCGAAUUGUCGAAGGGACUGUUCAGUUCAGUGGUCCAGGAAAGGAACCCGUAUCGAUGAAAAAUGUAAGGCCGCCUUCCGAUCCAAGAGUGCGCACACAACCAUCAAGAGAAGUUAGCGUUGAAGGAAGUAGAAUUGUUGAAGGGACUGUUCAGUUCAGUGGUCCAGGAAAGGAACCCGUAAGUCCCGUAUCAAUGAAAAACGUAAGGCCUUCCGAUCCAAGAGAGCCAAAACGCCUGCAGAGUGCAGACACUGAGUAA